AUGUCUGACGCUCUCGUUUGGCAAGUCAUCCGCAACAACAGCGCUUUCAUCAGAACUCAGCGCGGAAUCGGAAAGAGAUUCUCGACCGAGAAGUUCAACCUCAAGAAGGUUAACAGCCCGAAGUACAGCGGACUCGCCAACAAGCACGCCAUCGACGUGAGCGCCGCCGCCAAGGGAGUCGUCGUCUCCACCAAGAACCAGAGUAAGCUCAUCAAUGUUUUAUGCCGAUAAAACCUAUUUUGUUUCAGAGGGAAGACCAGCCAAGGCCGUCACUACCUCCACUUUGAGCAAGACCCCAGUGUCGUCCGUCCGUGCCUUGGCCAAGAGCACCGGAUUCAAUAAGUUCCACAAGCUCGCCCAGAGACGCGCCGCCGCUCUUGUCCGUGCCCAGAUUGUCAAGAAGGCUAAGGUCCAGAAGACUGAUGCUUAA